CCUCUUCCUCCCCGGCCGCUCCAAAUAUCCCUACAUAGGAGCCACGCAUCUCGCUCCAUUUUCCCCAUUAUAGCAGAGCACUGAACAGGUCGCAGCCCUCCUCCUGAAUUCGCGCGCUCACUCACUCCACCCCUGUGCGCGCGUUCCUCGUACGUCGCCGUCCUCGCAGCUGCUCUCUCUUCGAUUACCAGGGGCGGCGGCCGGCAAUGGGGAACCCACCGGAGCUGUACUACAAGGUGCUCAACAUCACCAGGGACACGCCCCCGCAGGAGAUCAGGGCCGCCUACAGGUGCCUGGUCCGGCAAUGGCACCCCGACAAGCACCCGCCGGAGUCCAAGACCGAGGCCGAGGCAAUGUUCAAGGCCAUCACCCAGGCGUACGAGGCGCUCCUGGACCAGCAGGAGAACAGGGCGGUGCUCCGGGCGUGCAGCAUCGACGUGGGGAGGAGGAGCUGUUCCAGUGCCGACAAGGGAGCGCGGGCUCCCGAGAACGACAAGACCGCCGCCGGGGCGAGGACGAGCGCCGCACCGCCCCAGGUGCCGCCCCACACGCCGCCGGCGAGGGAGUCCCAGAAGGUGUACAGCUCCACGGACGUCGGGGGCGGCGGCCGGCGCGCCUUCGCCGAGUUCUCCAGCUACGUCCUGCGCAAGGCGCCGCCGCUGGAGCGCAAGGUGGAGUGCACCCUCGAGGAGCUCUGCGCCGGGUGCAGGAAGGAGGUCAGGUACACCCGCGACGUCGUCACCAAGAACGGGCUGAUCGCCAAGAAGGAGGUGACACAGAUCAUCAGGGUGAAGCCCGGGUGGAAGAAGGGGACGAAGGUGACGUUCGAGGGCAUGGGCAACGAGCGGCCGGGCUGCCUCCCCGGCGACGCCGUCUUCACCGUGUCGGCGAGGAAGCACAAGGCGUUCAAGCGGCAGGGCGACGACCUGGUGCUCAAGGCCGAGGUGCCGCUGGUGAGCGCGCUCACCGGGUGGAGCUUCUCGUUCCGGCUGCUCGGCGGCGAGAAGGUGAGCUGGACGUUCCGCGACGAGGUCAUCGGCCCCGGGUACGAGAAGGUCGUCAGGGGGGAGGGCAUGCCCGUCGCCGGCGGCAAGAGGGGCGCGCGCGGGGACGUGCGGGUGAAGUUCGACGUCGUCUUCCCCAAGAACCUCACCGACGAGCAGCGGAGGGGCCUCGUCGAGAUCCUCAGGGGCUGCGCCUGAAUUUUGAGAGCAGCUAGCCCUGGAGUGAAAUUUUGUUUCAAGUUGCAGCCAAGCAUGUUAAUACACGGGACAGAACUGGAGAGCGCCUAGCUCUCGUGGAAGAUCCAUGUCUUUGUACAUAGAGAUUUUGAAUAUGAGGCGCAAACGACACUUUUUUU